GUUUUGAGUCAUUGUAGCAGGUUGACACACAGCAGCGCGCGAUCGCUGAGCGUUCUGUUCUGAUUCUGUUUCGCGCGGACUAUGAGGGCGCGCGACGAAGAGUCAUUGUGAGUCAUCUAUAUGGGCCAUCUUCUCUCAAAGAAUGGUCACGGCCUGAAGAAGAAGACACGGAAGCUGCGCAAGAAGAAGCGGAGGAGGAACUGCUUCCUUCAGGGUCCCUGCAUGCUGUGCUUCAUCGUACACGGCAACAGCGGGAGUGUCGAGGACGAUUGGCCCUUUGAGAGCAGCCGCGGCGGCUGUGCGGCGGCGGUGGCAUCUAAACUCGCCGAGCACUACGCUUCAUUGAACUCGCCCGAGGACUGCUCCAAGUUCCUUCUGUCUGCGGGAGAGCUUGCCGUUUUUGAGGGCCAGGGAAGAAGUCUGCUGUCUGCCGUGCCAGCCAGACUGAUCGGACCACCGGCGCUGUUCUGCGCCGUCGUUCCAGCCGCAGACUACGUGGAAAUGGUGUGCAAGCGCAAGUGUGCUGAGCUGCAGCGGUGUACACCCCGCAAGCAGCCGCGCUGUGCCUUCCAGGAGGCCAUGGAGAACGGAGAGGAGCGAGGAGACGCCACCGUUCCGGACGACCAGUGCCUCCUGUCCCCACUCGACACCCUGCCAUCCUCCUCCUCGUCUUCCUCUCCAUCGGAGGAGGACAGCUGUGGUGCGGGGCGACUGAUGGAUGAGGGCAGCGCGGCCACCUCGGCGAGCUCCUCCUCUUGCUGUUGCGGGUUGUCCCAGAAUGACUGCUCGCAGGAAGGAAAGAGUGUUGAAAAUACGGACACAUCCCACAUUAACCAGCUGCCCUCUUCCAUACUGCUCAAGGUGUUUUCUCACCUGUCCGUGAAGGAGCGAUGUCUGGGAGCAUCUCUGGUGUGUAAGUACUGGCGUGACCUCUGCUUAGACUUCCAAUUCUGGAAACAGAUCGACUUCAGCGGCCUCCAGCAGGUUAAAGACGAUCUCCUGGUGAAGAUCGCAUCGAGGAGACAGAACGUCACGGAGAUCAACAUCUCUGAUUGUCGAAACGUUCAGGAUCACGGCGUUUUCUCUCUGGCUUCUAACUGUCCGGGCCUGAUUAAAUACACGGCGUACCGCUGUAAACAGCUCAGCGAUGUGUCGCUCUGUACGGUGGCUCUUCACUGCCCGCUUUUGCAGAAAGUUCACGUGGGCAACCAGGACAAGCUCACAGAUCACGCUCUAAAACUGUUGGGUGAACAUUGUAAAGAACUGAAGGACGUGCAUUUCGGCCAGUGCUACAGCAUCAGUGAUGACGGUCUGGUGGCGCUGGCGCAGGGCUGCACCAAACUACAGAGAAUCUACAUGCAGGAGAACAAACUGGUAACGGACACAUCUGUGCAGGCGUUUGCAGAAAACUGUCCCGAGCUGCAGUUUGUGGGCUUCAUGGGUUGUUCUGUGACGUCACAGGGGGUCAUUCACCUCACCAGGCUUCAGCAUCUCAGCAGUCUGGAUCUGCGGCACAUCUCUGAACUCAACAACGAGACAGUGAUGGAGGUGGUGAGAAAGUGCCGGAACCUGAUGUCCCUGAACCUCUGCCUCAACUGGACCAUCAACGACAGAUGUGUGGAGAUCAUCGCUAAAGAGGGCCGGAGUUUGAAGGAGCUGUAUUUGGUUUCCUGCAAAAUCACAGACCACGCGCUGAUUGCCAUUGGUCAGUACAGCAGCACUAUAGAGACGGUGGACGCGGGCUGGUGUAAGGAGAUAACAGACCAGGGCGCCACACAGAUCGCCAAGAGCAGCAAAUCUCUGCGUUACCUGGGACUGAUGCGCUGUGAUAAGGUGAACGAGGAGACGGUGGAGAGACUGGUUCUGCAGUAUCCUCACAUUGUGUUCAGUACAGUGAUGCAGGACUGUAAGAGGACGCUGGAGAGAGCCUAUCAGAUGGGCUGGAGCCCCAACACAUCCACCGCAUCCUAACACACACACACACACACACACACACACGGCUGCAGAAUCAUUAACAUUUAUUUUACUUUCUUUUAAGAAACACCAUUAUGCAGCAGAAACAUCAAUAUAGUGCUGGAGUCGUUUGAAAUGAACAUGUAUUUACACUAGUCGUGAACAUUUAGGAGUUAUUCUGAUGUAACAUUUAUCAGAACAUUUAUAGCAUAUUGAGUGAAUCACAUGAAACCUGUCGAGAACAUGUCAGAUCAUAUUUCACCCCAACAACAGAAGAAUGCAAUAAGAAAUUACAUUUUGCAUCAACAAAAUGAAGCCUAUUGUUAGUAGCAUUAGCAAUUAGCUAUUUUCCUCUCAAAUUCUCAUUACCGCAAUGCAUAUCGGGAGUUUUAAUUUUAAGUUUUGCAUUUUGAUUUUGUGUCAACAAAAUUAAUUAUAUUACUAGUAACAUUGAAGUUUUUGUAGUUUUUUUGUUUGUUUUUUGCAUUUUGAUAUUCUGAAGUUUUCCUUUUUUAUUUUAACAUAUAUAUAUAUAGCAUUAACUAUAUUAAGCCUAUUGUUAGUAACAUUUUGUAACAUAUUUUCUCCUCAAAUUGUCAUUACCGUAAUGUGUCCAGUUUUUUUCCAUUUUUGAAUUCUCAUUACCGUAAUGUGUCCAGUUUUUUUCCAUUUUUGAAUUCUCAUUACCGUAAUGCAUCCAGACGUUUUCAUUUUUUAAUUCUCAUACCGUAAUGCGCCCAGAUGUUUUCCAUUUUUGAAUUCUCAUUACCGUAAUGCAUCCAGACGUUUUCAUUUUUGAAUUCUCAUUACCGUAAUGCGCCCAGAUGUUUUCCGUUCUUGAAUUCUCAUUACCGUAAUGCAUCCAGAUGUUUCCAUUUUUGAAUUCUCAUUACCAUAAUGCAUCCAGAUGUUUUCAUUUUUGAAUUCUCAUUACCGUAAUGCAUCCAGAUGUUUUCAUUUUUGAAUUCUCAUUACCGUAAUGCAUCCAGAUGUUUUCAUUUUUGAAUUCUCAUGACCGUAAUGCAUCCAGAUGUUUUCAUUUUUGAAUUCUCAUUACCAUAAUGCAUCCAGAUGUUUCUAUUUUUGAAUUCUCUUUACCGUAAUGCAUCCAGAUGUUUUCCGUUUUUGAAUUCUCAUUACCGUAAUGCAUCCAGAUGUUUUCAUUUUUGAAUUCUCAUACCGUAAUGCACCCAGACGUUUUCAUUUUUGAAUUCUCAUACCGUAAUGCACCCAGAUGUUUCCAUUUUUGAAUUCUCAUUACCGUAAUGCAUCCAGACGUUUUCAUUUUUGAAUUCUCAUUACCGUAAUGUGCCCAGAUGUUUUCCGUUCUUGAAUUCUCAUUACCGCAAUGCAUCCAGGUGUUUCCGUUUUUGAAUUCUCAUUACCGUAAUGCAUCCAGAUGUUUUCAUUUUUGAAUUCUCAUUACCGUAAUGCAUCCAGAUGUUUUCAUUUUUGAAUUCUCAUUACCGUAAUGCAUCCAGAUGUUUUCAUUUUUGAAUUCUCAUGACCGUAAUGCAUCCAGAUGUUUUCCGUUUUUGAAUUCUCAUUACCGUAAUGCAUCCAGAUGUUUUCAUUUUUGAAUUCUCAUACCGUAAUGCGCCCAGACGUUUUCAUUUUUGAAUUCUCAUACCGUAAUGCGCCCAGAUGUUUUCCAUUUUUGAAUUCUCAUUACCGUAAUGCAUCCAGACGUUUUCAUUUUUGAAUUCUCAUUACCGUAAUGCGCCCAGAUGUUUUCCGUUCUUGAAUUCUCAUUACCGUAAUGCAUCCAGAUGUUUCCAUUUUUUAAUUCUCAUUACCGUAAUGCAUCCAGACGUUUUCAUUUUUGAAUUCUCAUUACCGUAAUGCGCCCUGAUGUUUCCAUUUUUGAAUUCUCAUUACCGUAAUGCAUCCAGAUGUUUCCAUUUUUGAAUUCUCAUUACCAUAAUGCGCCCAGAUGUUUUCCGUUUUUGAUUCGCAUUAGAUUCGAAUUACUGAAAUAAAUACUAAAAUGAUGUUUAAAUACAGUUUACAUAAUAUCUGUCUUUUCUUGUUUUUCUCCCCCCACCCCUUUUGUAUCUGUGUGUCCUAAAAAUCUGAUUCAUUUUCAUUAAAUUGUAAUAUCUUAUUUCCUCCCUUUAAUUUUAGGUUGAAACAUGGCCUGAACAUGUUCAUAAUUUUCACGACAUUCACUUCUGUAGUCAGUUUGGUUUGUUAUUAUGCAGAAGACACAUCAAUGAAGUGGUGGAGUAUUUACAGUAGGAGUUAUAUAGGAGUCAUUCUGAUUUAACAUGCAUUUAUUAAGAUAGUUUUUUUUACAAUGUGACGUUGUUUUCAUGGCAAAAGCAUUUAAUUCUGAUUACUGUAAUGCAUCGGUCCCCAAACCACUAGCAUGAUGUUUAAAUACUUUAGAGUUCAAAUAAUGCAUCAUCAUUUUUUGGGCAUAAAAUAAUGACAAUUCUUGUCUUAAAAAUCAGCUUCAUUUUCUUAUUUCUUGCUUUAGACAGGUUUUAUGUGAUUCAUCCCUUUAGACAUCAGUUUAGUUUGUUAAUAGUUUGGUCUUUGUUCAGUUAAAUACAAUGCACUUUCAUUAGAAGUCUCUCUCUCUCUCUCUCUCUCUCUCUCUCUCUCUCUCUCAGAAGAAUGACAUAAAACAUUCUCAACAUGACUGUUUGGAGAAAAUGUUUAGACUGUUUGCUGAUUGGCCAUGAAACUCUCUGGCAUGUUGAGUUUAACGUUUGGACUGUGUUAAGAGCGAGUUAGACUUUAAAUAUUUCCGUGUAAAUGCUCGAGACUUGUGAGAGUAAAUGUUUUGAAGAAUGUGAUCAUGACUCAGUCAGCACUGAUCAGAGCGUAUAUGUGUCACAGUAUGUGUAUGCGAUAUAGAUAUGUAAUGCCUUCUGUUGUUGAUUUCGUUUGAAGAUAACGUUGUUUACUUUCGUGAUACUGUAACCAGUGGUUUGGAGUUGGUUUUGGUUGUUUAAUGAUGAUGUAGGAUUGUUUUCUUUCUUUUAAGGAAACUCAUAUACACCAUAUGGAAUUCUGCAUAACCUAUGAAUAUUUGAUGAUGCCGGGCUGUGAUGUAUUCGCCUGAAAUGUAACCAAUGAGAGCAGUUUGAAGUAGAGCGGUUAGUUACUGUACUCAUCUACCCGUCUUCUGUUCCACAACUUGCCUGUGAUGUUUUCUCGUUCAGACGACCAGGGUAUUUUUCUAUGCUAUAUAAUAGCUGAUGCCUGUAAUAGCGCUCGCACUGUCACACAUGAAGGGAAUGAAGACUUUAGUUACAGCGUUCCCUUUUACUGUUAUUGAGUCAAUUA